AUGGGUCUCCCUUUGUUGUCUUGCAGUACGGCAAGAGUCGCUUUCUCUACUUCAUCUUCUUCAUCAUCAUCUUCGUCUCGGUGUAGUGGAAGCGGUGGAUUUAGGAGUAGUAAUCGUAGUUCUAGGCGGCUGUUCGAUUCUCCAGCGAGUUCGAGAUCCGAGUUGCUUAAGCGGAGCGGGCGGUUAAAUGGACUUUCGUUAGAGAAAUCGAGGCGUAUCAAAGCGUCGUCGUCGUCGUCGUCGUCAUCCGCCGGGCAGAGCAGCAGCGAGGUGAUCGACGAUGUUGAUGCCGCGGCGGCGCGAGGAUUAGCUGUGCCUUCGGGAGAUGUAACGUCGGUGGGAGUUGGAGGUUUCAGCAGCGGCGAAUUUGUCGGCGGCGGCGGCGGUUUAGCUGGAGCUUCGGGAGAGGUAACAUCCGUCGGCGAAUUUGUCGGUGGAAGCGGCGGAGAUUUUAGUGCUUGGGAUAAGAUCGGUGCCGUUGUUAGGCUGAGUUAUGGAAUCGGAAUAUACAGUGGAAUGGCGGUAGCAGGAAGAUUCAUAUGUGAAGUAGCAGGAAUCGAUUACACAGGAGGCUUUAAUGCCUCUUUAGAUGCGAUUAUUGCUGGGCUUGGUUAUGCUUCUCCACCGAUCAUGGCUCUUCUCUUCAUUCUUGAUGAUGAAGUUGUGAAACUGUCACCACACGCUCGAGCGAUUAGAGAUGUGGAAGAUGAGGAGCUUCGAGGCUUCUUCCAUGGAAUGUCAGCUUGGCAGUUUAUCUUAGUGGUUACUGCAAGUUCAGUUGGAGAAGAGCUCUUUUACCGUGCUGCGUUUCAGGGUGCAUUAGCUGAUAUAUUCCUAAGAGGCACACAUCUCAUCUCAGAUUCUCGAGGAAUGGUCGCUUUGACUGGAAUAUUGCCUCCAUUUGUACCGUUUGCUCAAGCAUUUGCAGCUGCGAUCACAGCAGCUCUCACUGGCUCUCUCUAUUACAUCGCUGCUUCUCCUAAAGAUCCGACUUAUAUAAUGGCACCGGUCUUGAAAACUCGAUCUGCACGUGACGAGCUCAAGAAGUUGUUUGCAGCGUGGUAUGAGCGAAGGCAAAUGAAGAAAAUCUACUCUCCUCUUCUUGAAGGGCUCUUGGGUCUAUACCUCGGCUUUGAAUGGAUUCAGACAAACAAUCUUCUUGCUCCUAUCAUCACACAUGGUAUAUACUCAGCUGUGGUAUUGGGGAAUGGUCUCUGGAAGCUUCACCAUCACCAGCAAAGGUUGCGUCUACGGGUGCAGAAGCUUGAAACCGAUGGUGACAACAACAACAACUCAAGAUAG